UCAUAUCAAAUGAUGAUGAAACUCUUUGCAAUUCUUUGUAUUAUUAGGUUGCUCAACCAUAGGGUUGAAGCUACAGAAAAUCCAGUUUACAUUAGCUGCUCAAGAUCCACUGAUUUCACUGCUAACAGUACCUACCAAGCCAAUCUUGAUAUAGUCCUUUCUUCUCUCCUCUCCAAUUCUACCAGCCAAAACGGUUUCUACAGUUUCAGUGCUGGCACAGUCUACGGCAGCUUCUUUUGCAGAGGAGAUCUCACAACUGAAAAUUGCAAAGAUUGUGUCAUGAAUGCUACUAAGGAUAUGAAUCUUAACUGCUCCGGCCACAGACAGUCCAUCAUUUGGUACGACCAGUGUAUGGUGCGAUACUCCAACAACAAUUUCUUCUCCAUCAUGGAGUCGGAGCCUCAUUUUAUCGGUAAAAACACAGAGAACAUAGAACACCCAGAUCAUUUCAUUGAUAAACUGGUAGAUAUGAUGGAUCACUUGGUGUCAGGACUUGUCAGGAACUAUCACUUGUCAUCAUUGGAAAAGAAGUACGCUACUAAAAGAGAGAAAUUUCCCUUGUUCAGAGUCUACAGCUUUGCAGAGUGCAUUCCUGAUAUAUCUGCACCUGAUUGUAGAAAGUGUUUGGAAAAAGCCAUUUCAUAUCUUCCAGUUUGCUGCAGUGAGAAAAUUGGGAGUAGGGUGUUGCUUCCGAGUUGCUCUAUUAGGUACGAGACAUAUAAUUUCUACGACAUCCCAGAAGGAGGCCAUGGUCAUUCAGGUUUGUUCCGAAUAAUUGCGGCCGUAGUUUCUGUAGCAGUUGUCGCUGUGAUGAUUUAUGCUAUAGUAUACUGGUUCUUUAGAAGGAGAAGGUUGAAAAAGUGCAGCCGUACACUAGAUGAAAUAAUUGAUCAGAGAGAAUAUUCAAAUAUAGAAUCCAUGAAGUUUAGUUUGAGUAAGAUUAAAGCUGCCACCAAUAACUUCUCAGAUGAUAACAAGCUAGGUGAAGGGGGAUUUGGUGCAGUAUACAAGGGUACACUUCCUAAUGGACAGGAUAUAGCUGCAAAAAGGCUGUCUAGGUGCUCUGUCCAAGGUGCAGAAGAAUUCAAGAAUGAAAUUGAAUCGGUAACUAAGCUUCAACACAGAAAUCUAGUAAGGUUGCUAGGACUUUGCUUUGAAGCUGAAGAAAAGAUACUUGUCUAUGAGUUUGUGCCCAAUAGAAGCCUUGACUACUUUUUAUUUGAUGUAAGAAAGAAGGACCAAUUAGAUUGGCCAAAACGGUACAAGAUUAUUGUAGGGAUUGCUAGAGGCCUUCUUUACUUGCAUGAAGAUUCUCGGCUUAGAAUUAUACACCGUGAUCUCAAAGCUAGCAAUGUGUUAUUAGACAGCGACAUGAAUCCAAGAAUUUCAGAUUUUGGAACUGCAAGAAUAUUUGGUGUUGAUCAAAUUGAAGGAAGUACAAAUAGAAUAGUGGGUACAUAUGGUUACAUGUCUCCAGAGUAUGUAGCAUUUGGAAAUUUCUCAGUGAAAUCUGAUGUUUUCAGUUUCGGUGUCCUGAUUAUAGAGCUCAUAAGUAGCAGGAGAAAUGGCAGCUCUAGAUCAGAAUGUGGUGAAGGCCUGCUAGAUACUGCUUGGAAGCAUUGGACAAAUGGAACACCUUUAGAAUUAAUGGAUUCAACUUUAAGAGAAUCCUGUUCCAUAAAUGAAGUGAUCAGAGGUGUCCAUAUCGGUCUACUAUGUGUCCAAGAAGAUACAGAAGUUCGGCCAACCAUGGCAGCGGUGGUUGCUAUGCUCACUGGUGACACUGCUAGUCUGCCAAUUCCUCGGCAACCUGCAUUCACCAAGUCUAGCGCAGUACAAUCAUAUGCGACAAGUUCUACAAGCUCAAAUCAGUUUAUCUGCUAAUAUUAAGUAAGUCAUCACUGUCUUCAGCUGAAUAGAAUCAUGUACUGGAUAAUGGUUUGUAACAAAACAUGUCCUCUGCCUAAUGUGGCGUGAAUGAAUUCUAGUUGACGUAACUAAAUUAUACAACUCUUAGCAUUUCUUGCUGCCA